UCUCUCCAUUCUCAAACCGAAAAAGCAUCCCAAAAAUUUUAACCAAAUUUCAUAAAUUCUUCUUCCCAUUUCGAUUUUAUAGAAGCGUUUAGUUUUAUGAACAAUGGUGGAUUUGGAUUGGAAAACAAAAAUGAUCUCAUCCGAUAUACCAAGCACAUCUCCUAGGCUUUCCAAUAUGCUUCAAAUCUCCAUACCUUCUAGUACUACACCAACCGUUCGGGUCGCCGAUUUAUCACCGGCUUCUGAGUCGGCUUGUUCGGCCUACGAGCACUACUUGCGACUUCCGGAGCUGAAAAAGCUGUGGAGCUCUCAAGAUGUUCCCACCUGGAGAAACGAAUCCAUACUUAAACCGGCUCUGCAAGGCUUGGAGAUUACUUUCCGGUUCAUCUCAGCCGUUUUGUCCGACUCUAGACCCUACGCUAACCGGAGAGAAUGGAGGCGGCGGCUGGAGUCUCUGGCCACCGGCCAGGUUGAGAUUAUAGCUUUGCUGUGCCAAGAAGGCGAGGAGGACUACAGGACGCGUGGCACCGCGCCGAUUGUUGACCUGACAUCGAAUUCCGGCGUGUUGGUUCGCGAGAGCAGCUCCGCGGAGGUGUGGAAGCUCACCGGAGGAGAUAAUAAAACAGUGGUGAGCAGAGCGAGCGAGGCUAGCUUGCUGCCUCGCCUUGCCACGUGGCAGAAGUCGGAAGACGUCGCCCGGAAGAUCCUCUACUCCAUCGAGUGCGAGAUGAGGAGCUGUCCUUAUACUUUAGGCUUGGGCGAGCCGAAUCUCUGCGGCAAGCCGAGCCUGGACUACGAUCGCGUGUGCAAGCCGGCUGAGCUCCACGCCUUGAAAAGAUCCCCGUCCGAUCACAUGAAUCUUCAAAACUCUGAAAACCAAACGCUUUACAGCGUUCACCAAAUCUUAGAAUCAUGGAUCUACACGUCGGGGCAAAUUUUGAAGAGAAUCUCGGAUCAAAUCGAAGAAAGAGAGUUUGAGAGCGCCUCCAGUAAUUGCUGGCUACUCGAGAAAAUUUGGAAUCUGUUGAGCCAAAUCGAAGAUCUCCAUUUACUGAUGGAUCCGGACGACUUCCUCCGGCUGAAGAAUCAACUGUCUAUUAAAGCGACGUCGGAGAAUGAUUUGUUCUGCUUCAGGUCGAGAGAACUGGUUGACAUAACCAAGUUCUCAAAAGAUUUGAGGCACAAAGUGCCCUUCAUUUUGGAGGUGGAGGUGGACCCCAAGGGAGGGCCGAGAAUACAAGAGGCGGCCAUGGAGUUGUACCGGAGGAAGAAUGGGUUUGAGAGGAUUCAUUUGCUCCAGGGCUUGCAGGCGGUGGAGAUGGCGGUUAAGAGGUUCUAUUAUUCGUAUAAGCAGCUGCUGGUGGUGGUAAUGGGAAGCGUGGAGGCGAAGGGGAACAAGGGCUUCGUUGGGGUGGAUGCAGGGGAUACAUUGGCUCAGAUAUUUCUGGAGCCCACUUAUUUUCCGAGUUUGGAUGCUGCCAAGACGUUCUUGGGGGACUAUUGGAGCCAUGAACGCCGGUGGUGCAGUCCGGAGAGACGGAGGCAGUGAGCAGGGAUAUGUCCGUACGGGGCAUGCUUGGAUACCGAUAAUCACAAGUUCCAUAAUUAUUAUUUUAUUAAUAAUUGCUGUGAUAUUGGAUUGAUUAAUGUAAUAUACAAAUUCUUGUGGAGCCGGAUGAGAGUGAUGUAAAAUUUUGACACAACAGCUAAAAUGAAUUGUAGUAAUUCCUUUCUCGA